CACUCAAUCCUAACCGUCCAACAUAAUUUUCGAAUUAAAAGAAAAAUCUAUAUUCAUAGUGGAAAAUACCAAUUGAAGAUCUUCGUCGGGGAAACAACUGCAACUCCAAGUAAAUCGAUGGGGCAAUGCGUGAGUUGUUUAGACGUAGGUCAAAAGCAACAGAGAAAAGAAGAAGAACGAUUGGCUUCCGUCGAAGCUCGUGCCAAAGCUGCUGAAGCCGCUCAGAGAAGGCAAGAAGAGUUUGAAAAAUCUGCUGCAGGAAGGGCUGCACGUGCUCAGUUGGCAGCAAAUGCAAAGCAAUCUGCUACCGCUAACAAGGGCGAACCAGUUCUUAAGUGGAGUAUGGGGUGAGGUCGUGCUCUAUUGUCAGCUUCCACUUCUUUUUCACUUAUGUUAAUAAAAGGAAAGGAUUGUAUAUUUAUCCGCAUUCCUUGGCUCCGCUCAUGCCUGGCUACUUGUCUAUAUUCCCAAGUCCAAGGCAGAAUUCAUUGAAUGGAGCUGCAGUCUUGUAUUUGUUAUACAUGAAUCAAGGAAACAAUAAGUGUGCGAACUUUUAUUUUUUAACAAUGCUUGUCCGUGUAAAUUUUACCCUUAACUUGUUAUGUCUCAGUCUCAACUUACAGUUCAUCCAUAUUCAAUUACUGUACAGACACUUCCCUGCACCAACUCCAUGUUUGGCUCUGUUGACAAAACUGCCCAAUGAUAUUUGCUAAGACAUGCCACUGUACUUAACUUUGACAUACAAAUAAAAUGUCGAUUCUUUCUUUUUAAAGCAA